AUGUACAAGCUCGUGUGUUUAUUUGUCGUCAUUGCCGCGGCUUCAGCUCAGCAUGAGCAUGGCCACGCCUUUUCUUCACAAAGCGUGGUUCUCCAUCAGAGUCAUGGCCACCAGGAACAUCAUGCGCCUGCGCAUCAUGAAGCUCCCAAGCAUGAGGAACAUCACGUUGACUAUUAUGCUAUCCCGAAAUACAUUUACGAAUACAAAGUAGAGGACCCCCACACCCACGACAACAAGUACCAGCACGAGACCCGCGACCACGACGUCGUCAAGGGAGAGUACAGUCUGCACCAGCCCGACGGCAGGAUCAGGAUCGUCAAGUACACCGCCGACAAACAUAAUGGGUUCAACGCUGAAGUUAAAUAUGAAGGCCACGCCCAACAUAUCAUCCCAGAACAUCACCACCACCACUAA